AUUAAUUUAAAAUUAAUCACACAAAACCGUAAGCUCUCAGCCCAAACUUCAAAUUUGCAGACCACUUUUUUCCCCUUUCCAACGAGAAGGAGAAUCUUCCAUGAAAAUCCAUUAGCCGAAUCCUCUUCUUCUUCUUCUUCUUCUUCUUCUUCUUCUUCUUCCUCUUCUUCUUCUUCUUCUUCCUCUUCUUCCAAGCGAUUACUGCGCAUUUUUCGCCAAACAAAUACACUAGCUAUAGGGUUUCUGAAUUACAAAGCGAUGGGUUGCUUUUUUGCUUGCUUUGGUUCAUCCAAAGAUCCCAAACGCCUCAAGAAUCAUCGCAAAUCGCGGCAUACAGACCACCGAUCCACCAUUCAGAGGAAUGAGAUCCCUACACCCGGACAAUCUUCUCUUCACACGUUGCCUGUUGACUCUAACAAAAAAUCCUUGCAUCCGGUUGAAGCUCGGCGUGAUGGGUCAUUGAACAUCAGUACCACAGAGGAAUUAACUUCUGUGAAACCCCAUGAGCAUGAGCAUGUUGUUUCAGUUCAUGGGAUGAAUCAGGACCUGGAGGAAGACAGUGUGGAAAAAUCAAGCAAACCUGAAUCUUCAUCUGAAGAUUUUGUUGUUCCUCUCAAUCCCAACUUCAGAUCACCUUUCCCUCCAGUUCAUCGAUACAGGAACUGUAAGGAUAGUGAUGAUGAGGACGACGUUUUUGAUAGUCAUCUUGGUAGAGAUGAAAAUGAUGAAUUUGGAACGGUUGAAUCAAUGAAGGAAAGUUCAUCUGUGGCUGAUAGCUCGAUGAGUGUUUCCCGGCUUAACCCCACAAAUGUGAGGCAUAGGACUGCUUAUGUUUGUCCGGUACUGAAACCAGUUGAAAAUCUCUCUCAAUGGAAUGCUGUGAAAUCAAAGAGCGCAUUGCCGUCAACACCUCAGAAAGAGAAUCUGGAGUUGGAACAAGAAUCAACAGGCGAGGAGUUUCCAUACAGUUCCAAGGCUAGUCAGGAACUGUGUGUUGAUGCCAGCCUUUCUAACUGGUUGGCUUCAUCAGAAGCAACACCAGUGAGUAAGAUUACUACAACAAUGGCUUUAGAAGCCAUUGUUACUCCAGUGAAAAGCAGCACGUUGCAAGGAUCGAGCUCACAGAGCAGCAGCCACAGUGAGUUGCCUGUAGUUCGAAAUGUUGUUAUAUAUAGGAGGCAGGGAGCGAGUGAUAAGGACCGUGAUUCGGCCUCUUCGUUUAAAGGAAUACCAAAUACAACCAGCAAGUAUAGAGAGGAUAAGACAGUGAAUUGGCACUCUACACCAUUUGAAACAAGGCUGGAGAGAGCUUUGAACAGUAGAGGGGUUGCUAAAGCUUGAAGCUGGUGGAGCUCUGUUAUUUGAAUUUUUGAGAGGUAACAGAAAAUUACCAAUUCUUCCGUACAAACUAGAGCUUUGAACUCUGAACUCCGAACUCUGAAGCAGUUGCCAAUUGUUUGAUUUUCUUCUGUUUGGUUGUGUAAAGUCUGCUUAUACUUGUUUGUUUGUAAAUCAAUUGUUACCGGUUUGUUUUUCUUCUAUUUGGUUGUGUGUAAAAGCCUUUACUUUUAAUUGAUUUGUUUGUAAAUCAAUUUGUCCACUGUUUGUUUUAACCUGCUGGACUGUAUUCCUAUAACCUACAACAAGCUGCCACUUAUGCUAACUACAUUUUCAAAUGUAAUUUUAGUGUGUUUUUACAUGAAAUUAAGCUAUUUUGGACU